UUUUAUCUAUGUUAUAUAUACACCAUAGAGUAAAGAAUAAUAAUAUAAUGUUAUGCACACAGGAUUGAGAUUAUACACAAAACUAUUAUAAUAACAUUGGCACGCGGCUGGACAGCUGUCUGAUAGUUUCGUGAUAACAGUCGACACCGCCGCCGGUUUGUGUACGUUUUAGUCAUGCGAUUGUUUGCGUCUACUCCCUGAGUGGACGGUCAGUCCCCUGCUGUUUUUAUUUUUUCACCCUCUCGCGCGUGACAACCCUCCAGUUGUGCGAUCUGCGCGCGUCUUUCGUUGCUCAAGAUUGUGUGUGAUGUCCGACAACAGUGACGGUAACGGAUUGUCUGGACGCGGCGACGUCUAUCGUUCUACCGUAACAAGUGCGGAGGUCGAUCCGUGGCAACUACAGUCGUCAGUGGAAUACAAAACAUUAGCUGACAAAAGUUCUGAUGACAUUUUAUCUGAAUACUUAUUGUUGGAGUUGGGGCAGAGUAAAAAGGAAAUAUUCAACUUUGUGCAUUUAAGCCAGUCAAUGCGAGUAGCUAACAUCAAUAAUAAUAAAAAAUUACUCAACACGAUUUUGCACUCCAAGGUGAUAAACUCACAGUUAGAAGUUGAAUUUGUAUUAUCGUGUAUGGGAGUAGAUAGUUGUCAAUCUCCAUCCAAGCCUCUGGAAGCUAUUAAUAGAAAUGACCACAGGAACAGAAACGAUCACGAAGAUAAAGAUGACCAAAAGGACAUGGAUGGACAUGAGGACAACGAAGGUUCAUCGCCUAUUGUUCCAAAGAUUUUACAAUUUACACAGUUAGAAGAAUCAAAUUUCAAAGCUCACUUUUUUAUCACCAGGAGCUCAUUUCAAAUAACUUGCGGUCAUUUAAUGCAAGAAUACGGAAGUAUGGCAUACAAGAGGACUGAAUUUGAUGUUGAAAAACAAUUGCUGGUUACUCUAACAUACUUGGGAACUGUUCUGAGUUAUAAGGAAAUUGGAUCAAAAUUUAAUAUUGCUAUUAGCACAGCUCAUAAAUGUGUUAGUGAUGUCUCUAACACAUUGUUUAAACGUAUGGGUGAAAUUAUCUAUUGGCCAAUUAAUCAACAAGCUGAAUUUGAAAUUGAAGAAUUCAAUGAAAUGCCUGGAAAUCGUUUUCCUGGCAUACUUGGUGUCAUUGGAAUGGUAGACUUGAGAAAAACUUGCACAGCCAAUCCAUCCAAACAUACCAAAGAUGGGUCUUCAAUUGCCAUUCAGUGCGUAUGUAACAACAGGUAUCAGUUUUAUAACGUUUUCACCAGUUAUUUACUCAAGUCAUCUGUUACCUCAUCAACAUUCCUAGAGAGUCCAUUAGCUGAAAUGAUUCUUAAUGAUCCAGACAGACUAUUUCCAAACAUUGAGAGUCAUAUUGUUGGACAGUGCUGUUUUCCUCUUCUACCCAAUUUAAUGACUCCAUUUUCUGGUGAUACUUAUAAUACGGUAUCACAAGACACCUAUAAUGAUGCUAUUGAGGUACCAUUGAACAUAAUAAAAUUGGCAUUUGGCAAAUUAUUAGGGCGGUUCUCAAGACUUUUGUGCUUAGAUUUGUGGGGACAAGACAAGUUUGCCAUACUAAUAUUUGCUGCUAGUUGCUUACAUAAUAUAUGUUUAAGUAAUGACGAUGACAUAGACUGUCCACCUUACGAGUGCUGUACUUUCAAAUGUGAUUAUUAUGAUGAGUAUAGUGUGGAAAAACGCCAAGAUAUAUGCUCCAAAAUUAGAUCUUGAGUUUUAUAAACAACAGAUUAAUUGUUUAUAUAACAUUGUACAAAUGUGUAAGAUAUAAUUUGAGUAAAUAAACAAAUAAAGUAAACAUUGAAUUAA